UUAUAUCCAUAUAGAAAUGCUUUUGAUGGUUGGAGGGGCACAGACGUACCCCGUCAACUCUGCAUGCAGCUCUGGCUACGAGUAAAUCGAACAUCCAACACACCCUCUCAGCGGAAACAGGUUGCAGAACAGAGCUGAGAGCACACCCAAUUUACCUGGAAUCAUUAGCAUGUCCAAUCACAUCAGCCAUCAGAUCAGGACGAGAGGUAAGGGGGAAGAGAGAGAAAAUAACAAAAACAGUCCGACAGUCCAAUCGUAUUGAAACCUGCAAUUCGGUUCACGGCUGAAUCAGCUACAUCACGACUGGGCGAGUGAGUUAAAAAAAAACAAAUAACAUUUCAGAAAAACCCGUUUUGCUCCCGCGCUGAGUUUAGACGCUGGCGGUUCGGGUUUAGCCGCACAUUGGCCCAACUAGAAAGUCCAGUUGGACCGACCGACCAAGUGUGUGUGGGGAGAAGAUGACACAAGAACACGACAAUAAGAGAGCAGUUUUGGUGCUACAGAAUGAGCAACUUUAUCCCCAAAGGCGCUCCUAUACCAAUGAAGAUGAAGCAUGGAAAUCCUUCCUGGAAAAUCCCCUGACAGCUGCCACCAAGGCCAUGAUGAGCAUCAAUGGUGAUGAUGAUAGCGCUGCUGCUUUGGGUUUACUUUAUGAUUAUUACAAGGUUCCCAGGGAGAAGAGGACUAUACCACCAGAAAAAACUUCCAGUACUGACUCCGAGCACAAUAAAAGAUUUCUAACUCCCAUGCAUCCCCUUCGCCCUAGAAGGGGAGUGAGAUCUGGCAUGUUGCCUUCUACACAGCCAACGUCAAUGCUGCUUUAUGACCGUCCAGAAGGAGGCACAAUUCAAACCGGGAAUUGUGUGCCAUCUACAACGGAUCACCCAGUCAUUUCCACGGCAGACAGCCGAGUGCAGCCACUGAGAGUUUUGCCAGUCAAUUUGGUGUUGCCCAGCCAUGCCAUGGGUCACGACAAAGUAAAUCAGUUUACAAGCCCAGACACUACUGUCACUGUCUCAGUCACAACAGUACCGACCCAUACCAUUAAAACCGAAAUGAACCCUAAUAACUUUUCAGUGGGAAUGCCACCAGCAUCGUACUGCAGCGAACCUCCUGAACGCUCGGUCAUCUAUGACCGAAAUCCCCACGGUGACCACUUUGCCUCAACUGCACAGUCACAAAGAAGGACUCCAGACACCACCUUCACAGAGACUUUCAAGGAAGGCUCUCAAGAGCAGGUAUUUGGCUUUCCUACCGAUCUCCACAUUCGAAUGCCCACUAUGAGUUCAGAGGAGUAUGCCUUCGAUAGAAUGAGAAGUACGUUUGAAUAUGUGUUGGAAGCUUCCAAGUCACUUAAACAGAAGGCAGGUGAUGGAACCAUGACGUACUUGAACAAGGGGCAGUUUUAUCCCAUCACACUCAAAGAAGCGGGUUCCAAUGAAGAAAUCCAUCACCCAGUCAGCAAAGUCAGAAGUGUAAUAAUGGUUGUUUUUGGUGAUGAUAAAAUCCGUGAUGAGCAACUUAGGCACUGGAAAUAUUGGCACUCCCGGCAGCACACUGCGAAACAACGCUGCAUUGAUAUUGCUGAUUACAAAGAAAGUUUCAACACAAUUAGUAACAUUGAAGAAAUUGCUUACAAUGCCAUCUCCUUUACAUGGGAUAUCAAUGAUGAAGCUAAGAUUUUCAUCUCGGUCAACUGUCUCAGCACAGACUUCUCAUCUCAAAAAGGAGUCAAAGGGCUACCAUUGAACAUCCAGAUCGACACGUACAGUUACAACACCCGAAGCAACAAACCCAUCCACAGGGCCUAUUGUCAGAUUAAAGUCUUCUGUGACAAGGGUGCUGAACGAAAGAUACGCGAUGAGGAGCGUAAACAAUCUCGUAAAAAGACCAAACCCAAUGAUGGUAGUUCCCAUCUAAACACCUUCCAGGACCAAAAGUUGCAGCUGAUCCCCAACUUCAAGCAGACGGAGGCCACUAUCUUCAAAUCCAUUCCUGACCUUGUCACUCAGCCAGUUCUUUUCAUUCCUGAUGUGCAGCAACGCACUGUGCAUGGAUUCCCUGUUGGAUCAGAUGAUCCAGAAGGUGAAGGAUCAGGGCUGAAAAGGCUGCCAUACCUGCCUGAUGAAGAUUUUGGUUCGCCCAAUAAGAUCCUCAGGAUAGAAGAACCAAAUAAAGUUUUGCUUUACGUCAGGAAGGAAUGUGAAGAGGUCUUUGAUGCACUAAUGUUGAAAGCUCCUUCUCUGAAAGGCCUAAUGGAGGCAAUUUCAGAAAAAUAUGAAGUACCCCUUGAGAAAAUUGUAAAAGUCUACAAGAAAUGCAAGAAGGGCAUCUUGGUGAAUAUGGACGAUAAUAUAGUGAAGCACUAUUCUAAUGAAGACACAUUCCAACUAAGCAUCGACGAAAUUGCAGGAUCCUACAAGCUCACUCUUGCUGAAAUAUGAAGAGAAUUGACUAGUAGUUAUUUUAUAGCUCAUUCUGUCUUAUGCAUUUUUUUGGUCAGGCUAAUGCCACAUGUACAAUGUGAGAACAGAGGAAUAGAGGAAAAAUGUGCAGUGUGAAAAUGUGAUAUAUACCAGACAUACCAUGUAAGUCAAUACCAAACUCCAAAGUGAAAGUGUGUAAUACCCCAGCAAGUGUUAUUUGUAAUCAUAAUCACCUUAAGGUAAGCCAUCGCAAUGAAGUAACAGCUAAUUGCCCCCGUACAAUGACCCUUGGGCUUCCACCAUAUUUCCUCCAAUCCUUUUUCUAUUCAUUCCCUAUUCCUCAAUUCAAUUCUUCACCACUGAUAUAUACAUUGAUGUAAACAAAACCUAAAACAAAAUGCAUAAAGUAUCUCGAUAUAUGUUAACCAAAGAACAUUUGCAAUAAAAACCAGUGCCCUUGUUAGAUUUGUAUAUAUUAUAUAUAAAAUAAAAAGUGCAUAGCAGUGUCUUUCAAAGAUGGAGCGCAUCUUGCUGUUCAGAUGAUAACAAAUGUACGCCUUGGUGUGUUACCGCCUUGUAAAAGAUGCCUCAGUAAUUGAGUAUCUUAUAUUUUUAUUAUGGAAGGUAAAUACUGUUUUGUCUCAAUUCAUGUCGUAAGUUCAGAUUUUAGAAAUUUAAAUGUUACAUUUUAUAACUUAAUCUGCUGCAGGAGUUAAUAUUUGAGACAGAGCACUUGAAGAAUGUUCUUUGUUUCACUUUCACACAAAUGGUGGUAAGACUCCUUUCCAUAGGUGUUGCACUACCUUGACUACAGGAAAAUGCAGUGAAUGGCUAAAAAAAAGCCAUAGAAUUCAAGCCAUGUUUUUGUGUAUAUUAAGUGCAAUAUAUUAUCACAGAAAUAUAUAACUUUGUACUACCUUUUAUCAUUGUCAUUUACAAAAAAAAAGGUUUACUAAGGAUGAGGGUCUGGGUCUUUAAGUUUUACAAAUAAACUGUAUUGUUUAAUUUUAUUUAAUGAAAAACCUCAACUGUAUUUCUAAAUGUUUACGAUGGAAUUUUUUUUUUUUUAGAAAAACAGUUAAGGCCAAUUUAAAUUUUUUGGGUUUCCUGGGCAAAUGUAAAUCGUCAUUAAGCCUGCAGUUUUCUUUUCCGGUAAUCUUCCAAUUUGAGGUCAGGUUAGUGCUUGUUUCAAACGAGUAGUCUGCUCUGACUAUUCACCCUCUGACAGCGAUUAGCAAUAUAAUAGGUCACUGCUAUCAUAAAUAAAGUUAUAAUAUAACAAAGACAGAAAAUGCUGGACAAACUAAGCAGGUCUAGCAGCCCCUGUGUAGAGAGAGAAACAGUUAACGCUUCAAGUCUGAAUGACUACUUCAGACUCGAAAUGUUAACUCUGUUUCUCUCUCUACAGUUGUUGCCAGACCUGGUGAGUUUUUGCAGCAUUUUCUGUUUUUAUUUCAGAUUUCCAGCAUGCGCAGCAUUUUGCUUUUAUCAUAAAUAAAGUUAGCCCAUAAUGGAGUAAUUAUAGAAAUGUUAACAUUAAUUUGUUAACACUAGUUUUGCACAAUGUACUAGAAGUUAAGUAUAAACUAUAUUUUAUGGCAUCCUUGCCAUAUGAAGGACUCUGUUGUUCUUCUAAAUUGAAGCAUGCAUGCAUUGAAGGGUUAUAGUAUGUCAUUAGCCUGUGGCAGAUGAUUUGAUUUUGAAUCCCAGAACCAAAGAUUUCAAUAACUAUCAACAAUUUCAAAACUUGCUAAUACAGUUUUAUGGCACAUCUUUUUCUCAUCACAUUGUAAAUUUGUUGUGCUCAUGUUACGGGCAGAGUUGCACAACUGUACAUGGUGGCUGAGAUAUCCAAACAUCUGCCGCAGUCUGUUUAUAGGACACUGCUGAAUGGCUUUAAUCUUAAUCCGCAUUUUAAAUAAAUAAUUAGUGCUUUUAAAAUUUCAGUGCCCCUAGGGGCACGUUUUGGAUGACUGCUUACUGAAGAAACCACAUACUGUGGCAGGGUCACACUGGUUACUGCCUCUCACCUGCUCCAUGAAUAAGCAGAAGAAUUACUCCUAUUGGCCCUAGUGGAUUGGAGCCAAAUUACCUUGUAUUUUCACGCAUCCAGAAACGCCCAAAGGAAUCCGCAACUGAUAUUUGGAGGCUGACACUGCCAUUGAUGAUACUCAUUCUGACUGAAAAGAUAGGUAUGCCGGAACUCCCGUCACUGGGGGUCCUUGGCUUUUUCAUUCCUGCACUCGCUGAUCUUGCAAAGGCUGGACAGAAAAUCCCUGAUGUAAAACCAGCUUCCAGCGGCUCUAGGUCCUGGCCCAAUUUGUGGCCCUUUCAACACACUCUUGUCAUAGUCAUAGUAAAAAUGGGUGCAGCUUAUGGUCCCAAGUUUUAUCCCUGGUCUGUGCCAAGUUAGCUGCUUUCAGUCACAAUUGAGGGAUGUGACACAUGGAUGCAGCUCCCAUAGUUCAAGAAGGGAAAGAAAUCAGCCAGAGCUGUCAUUUGAAAUUGUGCUAAAGCACUGCUUGCUGGACAUGUGUGGGCGUUAGGUAGGGGGAGAUGGGUUCAACUGUGACGGUCCCCAUGGUCAAAUGUCAUGCUGAUAUUACAUUGCCUGGAAGUGACCAUGUGGCCAAAGUACCAAUCUUUAUUCAUUGGCCUAGAUCCAAUAUUUGAUUUUUAGAAGAGGAAAACAUUGGACGGAAAAAAUAAUUGCUAAACCAGGCAUGAUUGCGUAACAUUUUGACAAACCCUUUGGCAAAACAAAUUUGGCUGGGUAGAGAUAUGAUUGUGCUGCCUAUAAAAAUGAUUUCUUUUAAAACUAUACUAUAAUUAUAGCAACAAAUUAUUCCUAAUCAAACCUCAUCUUGGUGAUCACAGCAGAAGGAUACUGAAAUAUUUUGGCAAAAGAAUUCCCCUACUACCAAAUGUUUUUGUUAGCACUCUGUUGUAGAGAAUUAACAAAAAAGACAAUCUUUGACAUUCAUCAAAGUGUGAAUCAAACGAAAGGAAAAAAGUAAAUUAAAACUGAAGAGCAAUGUCUGGCAAAUAAGGGCCUGGCCUUUAAUUGCUAAGGAAAAGAAUUAUUGCAGUUUUAUUCAAUUAUGUAAAAAAGAAUGACACUUCUCUAUAUGUAUAUUUUUGGUAAGAGGUCAUGUUACAAUUGAAUAUCAUUAACACCUGAAUAUCCUAUAGUUUUCCAAAUUUUUUUAAGAAGAAAAUGGAAAUGGGCUUAUUCACAACUGUUUUUAUUAUAUUAUUGAAGUGUUUUUGAUUUUUUGAGAUAUGCAUUUGAAAAUAUGUAUUCAAACUUUAUUGUAUACCAAAGGGAAUAAAUUUUAUAUGGACAUUU